UUCACAGUAGAUCAUCAUCUACUUAUAAAUGCUAUACUCCCGGACCACCAAAUUUAGUAUUCACAAUUUAUAGAAGAAAGUGUAAAAUCAGUGACUCCCCACCAAAUACCACAAGAGUGAUAUGGCACAAUCAGGUGCAUUUACCUCCUCAACUACACUUGACAUGCUAGACCCUCAUGGUGCAUAUAAAAGGCAUGUAUGCAUGGCAGCCACAUUAGGGGAUUGGGGAAAGGCAUCAUCAUAUGAUGAAACUCAACCAAACUGGAUAUCUACUACUUUAACUAAGGAUGGAGACACAGCUCUUCAUAUUGCAGUAAGCAUGGAACAUAUUGGUUUUGUUGAGAAGUUAGUGGAACGUAUGAGCAUGCAAGAUUUGCAAAUUAUGGAUGCAGAUGGGAACACUGCUUUCUGUAUGGCUGCCAUUUCAGGAAAUGUUAAACUUGCAACCAUUUUACUUGGAAAAAAUUCAGGCUUGCUUUGGCUUAGAGGCCACAAAGGCAUGCUACCAAUUCAAUUGGCAUUUUCAGCAGGGCAGCCUCAUAUGGUGAAUUUUUUAUUUGAGAAAACUCGAAGUGAUGAUAUGGACACUCAUUUAUCAUACCAAAACAUUGUUAACCUGUUUUUCUUGUCCCUUACCUACAACAAUUUCACUGUGGCAUCAAUGUUGUUGAAGAGAUAUCCAGAAUUUGCUGGAGCAGAAAAUGAAAAAGGGCUAACUGCAUUUGAAGUACUUGCUCAGCAAACCUUUGACAAGGAUGCACCUGAUUAUCAACAUAUUCUCAAUUCACUGUUUAAACACAUGGUCGAAGAAGAUGAUUUUCCAAAUUCUGAAAGAAUGCCAAAAGCAAUGUUUGAUGCUGCAAAAUCAGGAAACCUCCUUAUUUUGGAAUUUAUCUUAAAGCACAAUCCAAAAUUGUUAAUGAAAAAAAAUGGCGAGGGGAAAACCUUACUUCACCUUGCUAUUUCAUAUCGACAAGUAUCUGUGUACCAACUAAUAUUGAGCAAGGGUGCAUACAAGAAUGCUAUUGUGCAAGAAGUUGACAAAGAAGGAAAUAAUGUUCUUCAUUUAGCUGGGAAGUUGGAGGCUAAAGGAAGAUUCGGAUCAAUAAAUCAUGUUCUAAUUCUAAGUGAGGAGCUUUGGUUUAAGGAAGUAGAGAAGAUAGUUCCACCAGGAUUCAAAACAAUGCAAAAUAAAGAAAAAAUGACUCCAAAAGAAUUAUUUCAUGAGGAACAUGCAGACUUAACUGAUUCAGCAGUAUCGGAACUGAAUGAAAUGGCAAAUAAUUUUCUAGUUGUAGCAACUCUAAUUGUAAGCUUAGGGAUAACGGCAGCUCUCACUAUUCGUACUAACAACAUUCAAGGAAAGACCCCUCUCUUUCAAGACAAGAUAUGGUACAUUAUAUUUCUUUUAUCGGUUGGAUUUGGAGUAAUCACCGGUGCACUUUCUAUAGUCUUCCACACUUCAGCUAUACUUCGUUCAACCUGGAAGCAAAGAGGUUAUCCUGUCACCUCUCGGCUAAUUAGGAUUAUAUCAGGGGAUUUUAUGCUUUAUAUCUCUAUGGGAGUCAUGAUUACCAUUUCUUGUAUGACUGGUGUUGUUUUGAUCUACACCUUCUUCCCCAAAUGGAUCUUUUUACUUGCUGCUGUAUUUUGUGUUAGUCCAGUGGUCUUGGUAUUUGUUGUGUACGUGUAUGUUUGGCCUCUCAAGUUGGUCCUACUACUAUCAUUGCUUGAGAGAGUAACAGGGGGAAUGUUCUAUAGAUUUGGGAUUAGGUGGACUGCGUUUGACCUCAUCGGUUAGUGAGUCAGAUGAGGCUUUGUGUAACCAGAAUAAAUAAGGUUUUUGUGUGAAAAAUGUUAUAAGAUAUUGAAAAUAAAAGAUAUUAAAGCAGAAAUUCUCACUUUUCUGGUUUCGCAUAUUUUCUUUUCCUCUAUUGAGUUACCUUGGGUAGAGUUUGACUAUAAAACACAACUAAUCUUGAGGACAUAUAAGGCUUACAAUUUGUUAGGGGCUACUAUAUAGAAGCCGAGUACUCGCGUCAAUCUAGAUGAUCUCUGGCUUGUAAUUAAUAUGGUAGGGUGGGAAUCCAUGUUAAUGACAAGUUGAAUUCAAUACUCAAUAGCACCAAUUUUUAGAUAAAUAUAUCACUAUUCUAUGAUUAUCAUCAACAGCAACAAAAGCUUGAUUGCUCUUAUCCUACCUGAAAGGAAAAGUCCUUAUCGAUAAUCUCUUCAUCCUGCACAACCAAGCUGUUCCCAUUUGCCUAUGACGAACACCACCUUAAUCUCCAUGGUAGAUAAGAGAUCUCUUCAUACUGUAUGCUCUUUCUGAAGCAGAACCAUUUAGUCUUUAACCAACCCAUCAUUUGCUCAUCAUAUAUAAGAAAAUUCAUUCA